AUGAUCACAAUUCUUGGUCUCGAUAGUCAGGUUUGCAUGCUUGAAGGCUUAUACACUGCGCUUGAAGACGUGUUUCCUCGUUUCUUACGAAAAUACAAGAAAAUAUCACUUAGUAUCACUUGCUUAUUUUUCUUCCUCCUUGGCAUUCCAAUGGUCACUCAAGCUGGCUCGUACUGGUUGACACUCUUCGAUGCUUAUGGUGCCAGUGGCAUUGCGUUAUUAUUUGUUGUGUUUUUCGAAAUUGUUGGCCUUUCAUGGGGAUUUGGUUAG